AUGACUGUUCUUCUUGUUCUCGGACUUUUUGUUGUGAUAGCAAUCGCACACAACAUCACAUAUUUAGAAGUACCACAGUAUGGAGACCCACGACACGAUGCCCACCUCGUCUGUCACUACGUCAGUGAAAAAGGUGACCCGCCACUCCAUUCAGUCAAGUGGUAUAGAGAUAACAAUGAAAUAUUCCGAUACACGCCAGAACAACAGCCACCUACCAGGACAUUCAACACGACUGCAGGGGGUGUUUCCAGGGGAUUCUGCAACGUACAUAGUUGCUCAAUUAGCGUUGUACUGCCUAAAAGAUAUAACACUAGGAUUUCCUUCACUUGUGAAGUGUCGACGGAAGGUCCAAGAUUCGCAGUUGUCAAUCAAACAAAAUACUUGACAGUUGCUGUAACCAUGAAAGAAGACCCCAUGAUAACAGGAGUUCCAGGAAGUGUGCAGUUAGGUGAAGAUGUCUUGUUAAAUUGCACGACUAAACCAUCAAUGCCAGCUGCUAACAUAUUGUGGUACAUCGACGGAAGACAAGAAAAGGGCGAGCCUUGGUUGGAUAGUGGCAACACAGAGGUAUCUGCUCCUGAUGACUUCGGUCUUCGCUCGAGUUGGCGCGCCCAUCGCGUCCGGGUGACCACCGGAAAGGGCUCUAUAUCGGUCCGGUGUGAAGCGAACCAGCCCGCUCGACCACCGUAUAUCAGAUCCACAAACGCAACUAUUGUUGUUGCUCGGUCGCCCCAUCUAUCUAUGUAUACAGCAUCUGGUUCGAGUUCUGCCAAGACAGCAGUAGUCCUGGCGUCGUGCAUCUCAUUACAUAUAAUGUUUUCUAAAUACAGUGCCUUGAGACAAGUG